ACGUUUGUGCAAAGAAAAAACAGCAAGAAUUUUUGCGGCGUCGGAAGAAUUAUAUUAAAAUCAAUAAAGAAAUUACUUGUGAAAACUAAAAAUACCACAAAAUAAAACAUGUCGAUUGGUGUACCAAUUAAAGUUUUGCAUGAAGCAGAGGGCCACAUUAUUACGUGUGAGACAAUUACCGGCGAAGUGUAUCGCGGCAAACUCAUCGAAGCGGAGGACAACAUGAAUUGCCAAAUGACACAGAUAACCGUUACCUACAGGGACGGACGCACCGCCAAUUUGGAGAAUGUAUAUAUUCGUGGAUCAAAGAUACGUUUUCUCAUACUGCCCGACAUGUUAAAGAAUGCGCCCAUGUUUAAAAAGCAGACGGGCAAGGGAUUGGGUGGCACAGCGGGUCGCGGCAAAGCAGCGAUACUUCGAGCACAGGCGCGAGGUCGCGGCAGAGGAACUGGACCGCCGGGUGGUGGACGAGGAGGUGGUGGUCCACCGGGAGCACCAGGUGGCGGCGGACGAGGUGCCUGGCAGGGCGGCCCCACAGGCGGACGUGGACGCGGCGGCUUGUAAGAUGCCAAGGAGAGGAGCACACACAUUCUACCAUAUAAGUCACGGGAUUAUACAUAUAUUAUAGCGGGCGGGUCGCAAACAUGUUUCAAGGAAAAGUCUUUAUAUAUUGUCAUGAAAACAAUAACGAACAUCAGAAUUCUGAAUAUGAAAAAUGUGA